AUGCGUUCCUCUCUGUUCGCAGGACUCGUCGGCGUGUCUACUGUUGGCGCUGUUCAGCCCUUGGUAGACGUGUGUUACUCCAAGUACGAAGGUGUCUCACUCGCGAAUGGCGUUACACAGUGGUUGGGUGUGCGAUAUGCUGCCCCUCCAGUCGGCAACCUGAGAUUUGCAGCACCUGCUGAUCCCAUCGAGAACAAGACUACCAUCUUGGCCAAUCAAUUCGGCAACAUCUGUCUGGGCACUGGCGCCGCACCAAGCAACUCUUCCUCUGAGGAUUGUCUGUUCAUGAACAUCUAUGCUCCUACCAACGCGACAUCGGAUAACCCGCUGCCUGUCUAUUUCUAUAUUCAAGGCGGUGGUUUCAAUUCAAAUUCUAACCCUAACUACAACGGUUCGGGUUUGAUCGAGGCCAGCAACCACAACAUUGUCGUUGUGAACUUCAACUAUCGCGUUGGUCCUUAUGGUUUCCUUGCAUCAAACGAGAUUGUGAAGGGAGGCAGCACCAACAACGGUCUCAAGGAUCAGAUCAAGGCCCUGCAGUGGCUCCAGAAGAACAUCCGCAAGUUUGGUGGUGACCCCAACCAUGUCGUGAUCGGAGGAUCGUCUGCAGGAGCUGCCUCUGUCACUCUUCUACUCACCGCAUACGGCGGUCGCAAUGAUGGUCUCUUCCACGCUUCGGCUGCCGAAUCUCAAUCUUUCGCCGCUGUCCGUAGUGUCAAUGAGUCUCAGUUCAUGUAUGACAACCUGGUCAUUCGCACUGGAUGCGCAAGCUCAAACGACACCUUGGCCUGCCUGCGUAGCCUCAACGCAACCUAUCUGCAAACCAAGAACAUCAACUCUCCUUUCCCUGGCGCUCAGGAUCCUCCGUUGUACAUGUAUGGUCCCACCUUGGAUGGCGGUGUGGUCAGUGAUUUGACCACGGCUGCUUUCCGCAAGGGCAACUUCAUCAAGCUGCCUGCCAUCUACGGUGACGACACAAACGAAGGCACCGUAUUCGUCCCAAUGAACACUUCUUCCAUCGGUGAAGGCAAUGCUUUCCUCAAAGACCAGUUCCCUCUCCUGACACUGGACAUGAUUCGCCACAUCAAUGCCUUGUACCCCAACAAUGCUUCCUGGCAAUACCCCAACGCAGGCGCCUGGUGGAGACAAGCCUCCAACGCAUACGGAGAGCUUCGCUACAACUGCCCCGGCAUCAACAUCUCAGACGUCUACGCCGCUACCUUCAACCGCAAAGACAUCUACAACUACCACUGGGACGUCGUCGACCCCGUCGCCGCAGCAGCAGGCAGAGGCGUUACCCACACCGUCGAAACCAACGCCAUCUGGGGUCCUGAGAACGUGAAUGGCGCGGCUCCUGCUUCGUACUCGACUACCAACGCGGAAAUUGUGCCUGUUGUUCAGGCAUACUGGACUUCGUUUGUUCGUUCUUUUAACCCUAACACUUACCGUUUGAAAGGGAGUCCGAUUUGGGAGACUUGGACUGCUACUGAGAAGCAGAGGAUCCAUUUUGUUACUAAUGCCACUGCUAUGGAGAAUGUGCCUGCUGAUCAGAGGGAGAGGUGUGCUUAUAUGAGCAGCAUUGCAUUAGAUAUCAAGCAGUAA